AUGAGAAGUCACCGCGAGGCGCCGUCGUCGUCCAGGUUACGAUUGGGCUGUUUGAAGCAAGGUAGCUCCGGCUUGAUGUACGCCUGUCAACAAGGCGACCUGCCAGGUGUCGUGCGGAUUCUCGGGGAACAGGUUCCGGUAUCGGCUUACCGGCAAGAUCGAAACCGUCGCACCGCACUGCACUACUGCAGGGGCAGCGCGGUGGCGGGCCAGCUCGUCACGGCGGCUCCGGGUCUGCUGGACAGCCCGGACCGUGACGGUUUGACACCUUUGCAUUUGGCCGUAAUACAAGGUGACACUGCAUUGGUAUCACUUCUCAUUGCUCAAGGGGCUGAUAUCGAUGCACUGGACAAUGAGAGACAUUCUGUAGUCCAUUGGGCGACAGUGUGUUGUGAGUUAGACUGUCUCCGGUUACUAUUAUCUGCAGGAGCAAAUCCAUCAGCCCCUGAUAUAUUAGGUGGUUGCCCACUUCAUUACGCCGCUCAACUAUGCGGUGCUCCGCUCGCUCAAGGCGCAAUACCAGGACAUGCCCUUCGAAUCCUGAAAGAAUUGCUUAACGCAAAAAGUACAUCAGUCCAUGUAGUUGAUCAUGAAGGGCGAUCGCCUCUUCUUUGGGCAGCUGCUGCCGGUAGUCCAGAAGCUGUCAUAGCCCUGAUAAAAGCUGGAGCUCAUGUGGAAGCAGCUGACAGGGAUGGUUUAACGGCUUUACAUUGUGCUGCGUCUCGUGGUAAUACAGGGUGUAUAGAAACACUUAUCACUUUAUGCGGAGCUGCUGUUGAUGUUAUAGAUUGCAAUGGUUGCACUUCGUUACAUUAUGCAGCCACACUUGGACACGCCGAUGCUACUUCUUUGUUACUUGAUUUAGACGCCGCACCUGAUAGACAGGACCGUAAAGGACGUACACCUGCUCAUUGUGCUUGUGCUAAAGGACAAUUAGAAACUGUUAAAAUUCUAGCAAAUCAUAAGGCUAAUUUAUGGAUACGUAAUAUCAAAGGCGAUCUUCCACUCCAUGAUGCAGUAGCAUCAGGUAGACGCAAAUUGGUUUUAUAUCUUCUGCAACUAAAAGAUGGAUUUAUAAAUUCUAGUGGACAUGAUGGAAAAACUUUGUUACAUAUAGCAGCAAGUCAUGACCAUGCAGAUAUUUGCAAGAUUUUACUCGACCAUGGUGCUGUUGUGAAUCCAUUGUACAGAACUACUCGGGAUGUUAUGGUAACACCAUUGGACUGUGCUCUGCACAAAGGAAAUAAAUCUACGGCGAAAUAUUUACAAAUUCACGGUGGUAUACCGGCUGUGAAAUUGAAUGCUGAGGAAAGCAAUAAGGAUCAAAAGGUGAAACUACAAAGUAUUACACCUACAACCGCAGUGAAGCAGACCAGAAGCAGUGUUUUAAGGAGCGGAGGUCGUUUAUCAAAAACUGAUGACACGCGCAAACCAAAAAAGGAUUCAAGUUCCGAUAAUAAAUAUAAGGGAAAACCUGAGGCUGUAACUACCUUUCAACAAAUAGAACACAAUCCCAACAACAUAAGAAUAAGAACUAAAAGUUUGACUAAAGUCCACUGCAGUUCUAGUUCAGAUGACUCGAAUAUAGAAGAAUUUUGCACGUGUAUACAUAGAUGCCAUCACGGCAAACGUUUAUAUUUGCUCCAAUCACCGCGGAGGCUCACUCGCAAAGAUAUUAAAGAGCUCAGCAAAAAUAGUCAUAGUGAUUCUGAUAUCCAUACUAGAUCACAUUCGAGAUGUGAUAAGCAACGUGAUAAGCGAUCAAGUACCAGCAUGAGCGAAAGACAAAGGAGUAAUUCCCGAAGCACCAGGCAAUUGAAAUCAGCUCGAUCAAAAAUAAAUCGCAGCGAUUCCAAAGAUAAUAGCAGUGACUACAAAGAACGGCGGAAGCCAGCAAGAGAUCGAUCUCAUAGUCGAUCUAAUAGACCCAGAUCGCAAAGAAGAAAACAUAUAUCGACCGAGGAUUCAGAUGAAACUUUGUCGAGUGAAGAAUUUAGUAGUGAUAGAGGAAAGAAAUAUAAAACUAGUAGUCAUAGUUCGUCUAAAUCAAAAACGAGUAAUAAGACGAAAACGUACACUAGACGAACAAUGCAUUCUUACAGCGAAGAGGAUGUCAGUGAAGAAGAAAAGCCAAAUCGAGUCUCGAAGAGUGUUUCAAGCUCUCCUAAAUCACGUAGAAAAAGUAGGAAAAAUGAAGCCAAAUCACCCAGACAUAUAAGUGAAGAAAGAAUUGUUAAACGCAAAACUUUAAAAACGGAAACUACUACAAAAAGAACUGUUACACCAAAUGCAGAUUCUCAAAGUGAAAGUGAAAGCGAAGAAGAUGAUUCUGAAGAUAUAGACGAUACGGUUGAAAUAAUAAAUACAAGUAAAGCUAAAAGAAAAUCAGACAAAGUUGUAGGAAAAGUCAGAUAUAGAAGAUCAGUAAGUGACGAAGAUGAAAUAGUUGAUAAUAGUAAAACUAGGACCAAAUCUCGAAGUAGUGGCAGAGUUAAUGAAAAGGCUAGAAGUAAAAAAUCAGAGAAGCAAAAAAGCUCCGAAAUAAGUGAACUAAGCGAAAGUGAUGAUAAGUAUGCAUCAAAGAAAAGCAGUAGCAAAACAAAAGAAUCCAAAACGAAAAAGCAGGAAAAAGUAAUAAGUAAAAGCAAACAAAAAAAUGAUGCAGAUAGUAGUUUAGAUAAGCCUACUUCCAAAUCUAAGGAUAGAAAAAAGGUGACAAGUGAGUCAACAAAAACUACAACAUCAACUAUGACUGAAAAAAAAGUUAAACAAUCUAAAAUUAAACAAAACGAAGAUGUUAGUGAUAGUGAACUCUCUCAGUUAAAUAUUAAAAACAAAAAACAAACUUUUACGACUUCAGAAAGUGAAAACGAUAUGCAAAGUUCUGGUACUAAAAAAGGCAAAGUAAUUACCGAAGCAGAAAUUCAUAAAACUGAAGAAAAUGAUCAAGAUGUUCAAGGCAUGGAAACAAUAAAUAAUUUGAAUAAUAAUUUGUCAAACGAAGGAGACGGUAAAAUAGAAAGUGGUACUAUGGAUAAAAAGGUCGAAGAAAUUCAAACCCCUUCGACAGCUCCUCAAAUUAGUGAACAAAGUAAUAGUGAUUUAAUUGAAGGAUCAAUCAAAGAUACUACAGAUUUGGUUGAACAAUCUAAGGAACAAUCAGAUAUAACAAAAUCUGAACAAAUUAGUGCAGUUGAAACAAAACUGGGAUUACAAACUACAGAGUUAGCGGAACACAUUACUGAAUCAGCUACUGAGUUGGUUCAAAAAAUGUCAGAAGAUUUAAAUUUACCAUCAGAUAAAUUAUUGCAAAAUUCAGAAAAUAUUAAUAAAGAGGAAAACAAUAUUAAAGAAGUAAAACAAGAGGCAGAAAAUAUUGUUAAAAGUACUGAUGUAGAACCCGUACCAAAUAAUACAGAUAAAAUAAUUGAUUCUAAAGCUUUACCUGCUGAUGAAUCUAAAAUGGAUAAUAAAGAUCAAAUGAGCUUGGAAGAUAAAUUAAUUGGAGAACGAAUUAAUCAACCAAUCGCAGCAGAAAAUUUUAUCGGAAGUUUCGAAGCAACUCCGGCUUUGCAUAUGAUUGAAAUGGUGCCGCCUCCUGAACGUUUUAUUCAACUGGAAUACAAUAAAAAUGAUGAAGGUCGUAAGGAAUCACUUUACACUUCAGAAGAUGAUACUACUGACUCGUCGGAGGAUUCAGAAAAAUUUGAAAAAAAUCAGACUCCAAGGACAGCAAUGGAUGAUUUGCGCUUUUGUGCUUCCGAAAAAUUUGAAGGUCAAUCUAGUGUUCUCGAUAGCUCUAUUGUUGAUACAACGGCACCUCCUUCCGCCGCUAAUACUUGGUCAUCUAUGGGAUCACCAAGUAGAAGAAAAAAAUUAAAAAGGCGUACGAAAAAUAGAUCACGAACACUGAGUGAGGAAGUGUCCGAGCGUGGAUAUGAGUCUAGCGGAAUGAUGGAUUCCGGUUUUGAACCAAGCCCUAGAGUAAUCACUAGACCGAAGUCAGUUGGACCUAAAGCAGUAUCUAAGAAUCGAAAAAUUCCUGAGAAAAAAGUCACUAGACCAGGUAGAGCGAUAGACAGAAAACCGGGCGACAAAAACGCUGUUAAUAUGACAACUGUAAAUCAAAGCAUGCAAGCUAAUAUACGAAGGUAUUAUACAGAGCGAAUAAUAUUUCAACAUCUUCUGGAUCUGAAACGAUUACAAAUCCGAUCAUCUCGCGCACACGAAGCUGUUUUAGUUAAACGUGCAAUCGACCAAUAUCAUAGAUCCAAUCCUCAAGUAGCCAGAUAUACAGACAAAGAAUUCACAUAUGAAGCUUUUGAACGUCAUUUAUACGACACUUUGAAAAAAUUACAAAAAGUGGGUAGUAGCAAUUAUAAGACAAUAGCUGAAUCGUUUAUAGAAAAUGAAUGCAAAUCAAAUCCAUUAUUUUGUACAACAAAAACAUUCAGAUGCAAUCAUGCUACUCAUGCAUAUACUGGAAUUCCGUGUGCUGCAUAUAUUCCUCUGAUGAACCACCACACGAUUCCUAAGCCCGGCUUUCCCAAAGUUCCCGAGCCGAGCUUUCUGCCACGCAUCAAGACGGGCGAAAAGCACGACAAGAACGCCGUGGCAUUAGAACUAUCCCAUGGAAAUGAUAAGCAACUGAUAACACUGCCAUCAGAUAAAUUAGACGUCAAUAAAAAGUAUUAUGUCACGUUUUCAGUCAGGGGUUCGAAUCCCACCUCUGAAGCCGAAGGCAAGGCAUCGCCCAAAACUGCAAAGCCAACAAAAUAG